AUGAGCUCGGCGCCCCCUCCUCCAUAUGUUAUGUUAUCAGACAACAAUGGAGGCCUCCGGCCACCUCCCUACCGCCGCAACAUUCCCCGCUACCAUGGCCCCGGCGGCGGCGGCGGGGGCGGCUACCCCAAGAAAGGCGGCGGCGGAAGCUGCUGCCUCAAAUGCAUCUGCUGUUGCUACUGCCUCCUCUUCCUCACCAUCUUCAUCUUAGCCGGAAUCACCAUCUAUCUCUACACCUUCUUCAACCCCAAGAUGCCCAAUUACCAGGUGAACGGCCUCAACGUCACCACCUUCAGCCUGCAGCAGGAUUUUAGCCUCCUCACCGAGUUCGUUGUGUCAGUCAGGGCCGAGAACCCCAACGACCGCAUCGGCUUCAUCUACGGCCGCGACAGCGCCGCCGUAGUCACCUACCGGGACUCCAAGCUCUGCUCCGGCAAGCUGCCGUCGUUCGAGCAGGGCCAUAACAACGUCACCCUGAUGAACGUCACCAUGAAAGGCAAGAGCGAGUUCGGCAACGGCCUCCAGGAGGCUCUGAUGCAGAACAAGAACAGCGGGAAGAUUCCAUUGCUGGUGCAGGUCAAGGUGCCGGUGAGCGUCGUGGUGGCCGACUCGCCGUUGCGGCAGUUUCUGGUCUUCGUCAACUGUUCUCUGGUCGUCGAUAACUUGUCGCCGAACAAGAAGAUCCGCAUCUUGUCCAGUGAAUACACACUGCAUUUUGCAUUCUGA